AUGACAGACAAAGCAGCAGUAGCCAAAGAGCUUGCGCCAGAUGGCCGCUCUGUGGAAGGCUUCUCUCAUCAUGCUGAGGAUAUCACAGUAGACCGUGAGCCCUAUGGCCCGCCGGGUCUUCAAGGCUUGAUGUCCAAUCCGUUCGUCCUCAUGUGUGCGGCAUGUUCUACGCUUGGUGGCUUGAUUUUCGGUUAUGAUCAAGGUGUCGUGUCUGUGAUCUUGGUCAUGGACCAGUUCUUGGAAGAGUUUCCGCCCGUCGGAGGCGCUGGGUCUGGGUUCUGGAAGGGUUUACUGACGGCGAUGAUUGAAUUGGGUGCAUUGAUCGGUGCCCUUACUCAGGGUUGGAUUGCAGACAUGUCUCUCGUCACUGUCGCAGUCGAAUAUGGCAUGUUGACCUUUGCCCGCUUUCUUGGCGGCUCUGGAAUUGGCAUGUUGUCAAUGGUCGCACCGUUGUAUAUUUCUAAAAUCAGUCCUCCGGAGUGUCGUGGUACUGCUCUCGUUCUUGAAGAGUGGUGCAUCGUGCUAGGAAUCGUGAUUGCGUACUGGAUCACAUUUGGCACCAGAUACAUGGCCGACGAACGGUCUUGGCGACUCCUUUUCCUCCUGCAGAUGAUUCCCGGCUUCAUCCACGUGGCAGGUGUCAUCGCUCUCCCUUUCUCCCCGCGCUGGCUUGCCUCGAAGGGUCGCAACGAGGAAGCUUUACAGAGUCUCGCCACACUUCGAAACCUGCCAACCUCCGACAGACGUGUCCGCCAAGAGUACAUGGAGAUUCAAUCAGAGGUUCGAAUCUACCAGCGGAUGAAUGCCGAAACGCAUUCGAACUUGCAGGGCGGCGGAACCAAGAAUGCCAUCCUCCUGGAAAUGGCUUCUUGA